AUGGUACGAGUUCAGUUCAAGUUCGCGCCUCGAACGGUUCAGUUUGCCUUGUUUUUCCGUUCCGCAGCCGGUGUCCGUUCAAGGAUAAUCUCGAUCCCGACUGACAGGAUAAUGCUUUAGCCCCCGCUUCAGCUUUAGUGUGUUUUUGUGAAAUUAAUUAACGAAAAGUAUUUCUGUGCUACGAAACGAAAAAGUUCCCAAAAACCAAAACAAAAAAAUCCAAUUAAUUUUGGGUCCAGUUUAAUUGUUAUUCGGAGAUAUAUAAGCAUGUGGCCACCCAGCUCCUGUCUGUGGUUGGCUCUCGUCCUCCUGGUAGGCGUGGUUAAUGGGCAGAGCAGCAGUCGAGAGCACUUUGAAGAUGCGGAUAAGUCUAGCGAGUAUACGGACCAGCAGUACGACCUAAGGCACACGAUUCCCGGCGAGCCGGGUCUGGAUUAUCCCAUUCUAAGUGCCCCGCCCAAGACGAGCUUUGUUUGCAGAGGAAGACAUGAAGGUUAUUACGCAGAUGUGGAGAGUCGUUGUCAAGCCUUCCGCAUUUGCGCCCACACUGCCCGAUCCCCUCAAGGAUUUGGUUUCCUCUGUCCCAAUGGAACUCUCUUCAGCCAGAAGAACUUUGUGUGCGAUUGGUACCGUAACGUGAACUGCGAUGACUCCGAGAGGUAUUAUGAAAUGAAUGAGGAGAAAACCGUAGGCAGUACCCACGAGAUGAUGGAGCGAGUGCGUCACAUGAUGGAGUACCCAAUGAAAACCAUUUCAAAGGCUUUGCAGCAGACCAAAUCUCAGUCUCAGAAUCCUCAUCAAAGUCUCAGCAAGGAUUUAAGUGGAGCUAGCGGUGUUUUGAGUCAACCUGCUGUUAUUAAGCCGAAUGAUAUCCAGGAAUCUCCUGUUGUUGGACGUGGAGAAGCUGUCAAAAGCGAGCCACUGAAUGCGGGGAAAGCAGAAAGUCCGAUUCAGGACAGUGAAGAUGAGGGUAUCUAUGUGAAUAGCUUGGGAGAACUUUCUUCGGAUCCUGGUAUUCAGUUUGAUCACACCAAUGCCCAUAUCGUGGCAGAAUAUCCCAGGGAAUAUCACUACCAAAAGCAGAAAAACUUUGCCGAGCGUGUAAAUGCUGGUUUGGAGGUCUUAACCGAUUCGGAAUCGUCAUCCGGCGAGGUAAUUGCUCCCGAUUAUAUGAAGCACAUAAGAAAUACCAAGGACGAAGCCGUGCAACUUGAUUUGGUCUCGAAUAUAAACAACCUGCUGGAUGAGGUAUCCACCGAUGUGGAUCCUUCCGUUUCCGGCUAUCAAUCUAUGGCUCCGCCGAAAGUUAAGCAGCCUUUCCGAUUCUUAAGUCGUGGAUUCUCAAUGCAUGGUGAGAAUGGAAAGGGCAGCUCAUCUUCGGGCUAUGGCUACAUUAAACCCAAACAGACGCCCAGCACUGUCAGAUUUACGCCCAAUGAGAUACCCACCGAAGAUCAGAAAUCCAUCGAGCACAAACAUAAGUUUUCCAAAACCACAAGUACCACAUCUACGACCACUGAAUCAGCCACUGAUUCUUUAGAACAACUGCUGAUAGCACCCACUUUACCACCCGCUGUGGAUGAGGAAGUAACCACGACAGUGGCACCUGAGGUUACCUCAACCUCAGCUGCAGAACCACUUACUUUUUUGGCUCCUCCACCAGAAGUGGUGACUAACGGGGAAGUCCCGUCCAUCGAGUCCAUUGGACAAGCAGCUUCCCUCACUGCCAGUCUGCCCAUAAGUGAGGAUAUAGUCGAAGUUGAACAGAGUCCCGAAAAUGCUGAAAAGAGUGAUGUUAAUAAUGAGGCAGCCAAAUUGCUGCUGGCAGGUGUACAGCUCACCUCCCACAAUGAAGAGAAGGUGUUGGAAAGGAACGAAAUAGAGGUUACCAGUACCACAACCACUAGUCCUAUUACCCCAGUAAUGCUCACUUCCACCGAAGUUGUAACUGAAAUUAGUAGCACCCAGGAACGUAUUCGUGGUUAUCGCAAGAAUCGUCCUGGAGCCAUGUUAAAGCGUGCCCACAUACGUCCCUUGCCCACCGUGCGAACCACAACAACAUCCACCACCCAAAAGACAACUUCACCCACUAAAAGUUAUCUGGAACGUCUGGCAGCUAGUAGGUUGCGUCUUUCUAGACUAUCGCUAGCCACCAGGAGCACUACCAGGGCAACCACGGCCAUUCCAAGCACCGCAACAACACCGACCACCACGACAACUAUUUCAUCAUUCCAACAAAUACGUGGUGCUGUAGAACCCGGUCCAAAUAAGAAGCUUACGGUCCGGGACAUUGAUCGCGAAACAAAGGUUGCUCCAAGUAAGGCCAACUGGGAAACCGUGCACAGCAACCUGCAACGGUUCCAGGUGCAACGCGGCAACCGAGUGUACACACCAGCAACAAGAGCCUCGGCCAGCAACACCAAUGGUUUAAUCACUAGCAGCACCACCACCACUCCUAGAAGCUAUAUUGUGGCUACUUCUCCCCGUUCCACAGUCACCAUAAAUCGCGGCAAGAGUCGCUACUCCAACUUUAAGACUCAGGCGCCAGUGCAAAGAACUCGAGGAACAACCACACCAAGGACCACAACAUUGCGCCCUACUUCCUCGCUUUCCUCUCUCAACCAACACAUAUCAGCUAUUGCAUCGAACUAUAAUGCUGGUUAUAGCUACACUCAGACACCGCAGAUCAGCAAACCCAUCAUACAGCAGUCACCACCAUCACACGUUUAUGCCACACAAACGGCUAGCAAUAUCGCUGCGCAUGCCUCUGAACCCCAAACCAUAUCCAGUCUUUCUCCCGCUUCCUCUUUCCUUUCCUUCGAUAAGUUAACCCGUGCCAUUGUUGACGAAUCCGUUUUGCAGAAUUUCAAGAGUGCCCAGUCGCAGGGUUCCAAUCAACAGCAGCAGCGGCAGCAACAUCAAAGUGCCAAGCAGCAACAUCACUCUGUCAGCAGCAGCUACGUUAAGCCAGCAGCGCCAGCCAUAUCCAGUCUGACUGUUCCGCCACGUCCCCAGCAAGCUUCUCAGUUACCUGAGCUGUCUCAGAUUCCUGGAAUUGUAAUUGCUCGUGCUGAAGGACAGCGUAUUGCUCCCAACUCCGCCAGCAACAUCAUCUCAAACUUGGCGACUCAAGCACCCGUUACAAAUGCUCAAGGCAAUUCCUAUGUUUCUCUUAACGAUUUCCUAAGCAACAAGUUUGGCCAGAGUCCUGCAACCACCAAUAAUAUUGCUCCUGCUGCAACUGUGCAACAGCAACAGCGUGUGCCGCAACAACAACAGCAGCAUUAUCAGCAGCAGACCAUUCAGCAACAACGCGUGCAAAAGCAACCUGCACAGCAGCAACAUGUUCAGCAACAGCAACGCCAAACUGUGUAUCAGCAACCUCAAUCUGUACAACAGCAACGCCAACCCGUGCAGCAGCAACAAUUCAGUUUUAUCUCACAGCAAUACCAACAGCCUCAGCAGCAGUCAAUCUACCAGCAGUAUCAGCAGCCACAGCAGCAACAGCACUUCCAGUCGCAACAUCAACGUUCCACGAUCCACACCAAUCAACAGCCAUAUCUGACGCCCAAUAUUUUUGUGCCCUACCAGCAGCAGCAGCAACAAUUGCCUCAAUUUCCACCUUUGGCUCCGCCCGUGUCUGUGUCCACUGGAAAUAUUGCCCAAGGACCGGUAAUAGCUGGACGGCAUGUAGAUCACCUGAACGUACAGCUGCCCACGCUGGGCAAUGGCUUGAUACCUGGAUUGCAAUUGGCCCAGAAGCGCAGUGAUGUGUCGGCCAGUCAGCUGCAACUCACAGAUAGCAAUGGUAAGGGCAGCUUCUCUGGAUCUGGCAAAAGUCGGGAACGAGCCUUCUACGCCGGACGUACUUCCUACGAGGUUCCCCAAAGCAGCGUGGGUCGUCUACCCAACGAUGUCACGCAACAACUACGACGGCGGUUGCGACGCUUCUGAACGAGAUUUCGAGAUUAACGAACUAGGACUAGAACCUUAACUUAUAGCUAAAUUAGUAAACUAUUUAUGCCUAAGCUAAGUCGACAAUUACUAUACUAUAGAGAUCACUUGUUUCAAAAAUCAUACUCUGUUCGUAUGUAUGUGUGUGUAUAAUUUUGCAUAUUUAUUGAUAAAUAAAACGAAAAAUUUACAAAAA